AUGCUGCGGUUCUUGGCUCUUGCUGCUCUUUUUCUUGCGGCGUUUGCGCAUACCGCCUCGGUCGGCUCCCUGCUUCAGGCCCGUGCGAGCGCCGAGGGCAUUUACGAACCCCCGAACGGCUGGGAGAACAAGCAGCCCGGGACUGUGCUGCAGAGCUCAUCCAUCGAUUCUGCGCUCUUUUCGUUUGACAAGCUCAAGCUGAAGAAUGCAUACCAGCUCCUCUACCGUACGAGCGGCAGCGAUCCGAGCGAACCAGCUACGACGGUCACGACCGUGCUGGUGCCGAACCGUGCCAAGAAGAACCAAAUGGUCCUCCUGAUGCCCUACAUUGAUGCAAGUGGAAAGGAAUGCUCGCCAAGCUACAGCUUGCGCUACGGUACCAAGUCGUCCAAUGCCCCUGCGAUGUCGUACCAGAUUAUUUUGGCCACCGCGCUCCUGGACCAGGGUUAUACGGUGACGAUCCCCGAUUACCAGGGCCAGAGUGGCGCGUUCAGCGCGUCGCGCCUCGAGGGUCACAUGGCGCUGGAUGCCGUGCGUGCGACGCUGAACUAUAAGCCGCUUGGCUUCAACAGCAACACCAAGGUCGUGGGAUACGGCUACUCUGGCGGCGCGAUUGCUUCGGCGUGGGCUGCCGGUCUGCACUCGACCUAUGCCUCGGAGCUGAACGUAGUUGGCUGGGCGAUGGGCGGCACGCCCGUGAAUGUGACCGCGACAGUGGCCAAGAUCGACAACACGCUCUUUGCUGGUUUCAACAUGGUCGGCAUUGCCGGCAUGAUGUCCGCCUACCCCGAGCUGGACAAGUGGGCGCAGGAGCACCUUACGUCCGUCGGCCAAAAGGCGGUGUCAUAUGUGCGUUCGCACUGCAUGCUGGACACGCUCGCGCACUUUCCCUUUGAGAGUAUCUCUAGCGAGAAGUACUUCAAGAACGGCUCGACGCUGAUGCAGCAGCCUGCAGUCAAAAAAGUCGCCGAUACGCUGAUUGUCGGCACCGAUCCGAAGCUCACGCCCCGUGCUCCCGUGCUCAUGAUCCAUGCGCAGCACGACGAAGUAAUUCCGUUUGGUGCUGCGCAGGCGGCAGCACGCCGCUGGGCCACGCACGGUGCAGACGUCUUUUUUGCGCGCCAGACCGACUUUUACAUGGGCCACCUGGACACGGAGCUGCUGAACGUUCCCACCGUUCUCUUUUUCGUGGAGGACCGCAUGGCAGGCGAUCCCAACUUCCCCAGCGGCUUCACCGAGGUGGCGGUGUCGAACCCGUUGGCGGACCCCCGCAUUGCGAAGCAGGGCCUGGAGUCGCUUGUGCGGAGCAUCCAGGAUGUGUUGGGCCACGAGAUUGGUCCCAAAGACCAGCGCGUCAAGGACCGUAUUUUGGCGAGGGUGUAG